AUGGAAAACGGGAGCGUCACCUCAGACUUUCUGCUCCUGGGGCUCUUCAGCCACACCAGGCUGCACUUCCUCCUCUUCAGCGCUAUGCUGGCAGUGACCACCGUGUCCAUCAUGGGCAACACGUUCCUGCUGCUCCUGAUCCUCAGGGACCGCCGGCUCCACACUCCCAUGUACCGCCUCCUGGGCCAGCUGGCCCUCAUGGACCUCAUGAUUGUGUCGGCCAUCGUGCCCAAGAUGGCUGCCGACUACCUGACCGGAAACAUGUCCAUCUCCCGCGCCGCGUGCGGGGCGCAGAUUUUCUCCCUCGUGACCUUAGCAGGCGGGGAGUGCUUCCUGCUGGCAGCCAUGUCUUACGACCGCUACGUGGCCAUCUGCCACCCGCUGCGCUACCUGGUGCUCAUGAACCGGCGCCUCUGUCUGCAGAUGACCGCAGGGUCGUGGGUCCUGGGCGCGGCAGACGGGAUCCUGCAGGCGGCCGUCACCCUGAGCUUCCCCUUUUGUGGGUCACACGAGAUUGACCAUUUCUUGUGCGAGGCCCCCGCCCUCGUGCCCCUGGCCUGUGCCGACAUGUCAGUCUUUGAGUACCUCAUGUACACCUGCUGUGUGCUGAUGCUGCUGGUCCCCUUUGCCCUCAUCCUGGCCUCCUACGGCCUCAUCCUGGCUGCUGUCCUGCGCAUGCGCUCUGUGGAGGCCUGCAGGAAGGCCUUGGCCACCUGCUCUUCCCACCUGGUGGUGGUGGGACUCUUCUUCGGAGCAGGUUUGUUUGAAUACAUGAGGCCCAUGUCCCACAGGUCGGCCAGCCACAACAAGGCUGUGUCUACCUUCUACAUCAUCUUCACACCUGUGCUGAACCCCCUCAUCUACAGCCUGCGGAACAGUGAUGUCAAGGGUGCCCUGAUCAAGUGCAGGGCUCAGGCGGCCGCUCUCCUCAGCAGGAUCCCAGCGGUUUGCCCCAUCUUUCAUGCCCGUGCAAAGUGA